AUGUCCAACAGCAGCUCCAUCAGCCACUUCCUCCUGCUGGCAUUGGCAGACACGCGGCAGCUGCAGCUCCUGCACUUCUGUCUCUUGCUGGGCAUCUCCCUGGCUGCCCUUCUGGGCAACGGCCUCAUCAUCAGCGCCAUAGCCUGUCACCACCACCUGCACACGCCCAUGUUCUUCUUCCUGCUCAACCUGGCCCUCACUGACCUGGGCUCCAUCUGCACCACUGUCCCCAAAGCCAUGCACAAUUCCCUCUGGGACACCAGGAACAUCUCCUACACUGGAUGUGCUGCUCAGCUCUUUUUCUUUUUUUUCUUCAUGGGAGCAGAGCUUGCCCUGCUGACCAUCAUGUGCUACGACCGCUACGUGUCCAUCUGCAAACCCCUGCACUACGGGACCCUCCUGGGCAGCAGAGCUUGUGCCCACAUGGCAGCAGCUUUUCUCAAGCUCUCCUGCUCACACUCCAACCUCGGGGAAGUUUGGCUUCUUGCUCUUGGUGCCUGUUUGGUAUUUGUUUGUUUUGUGUUCAUUGUUUUCUCCUAUGUGCAGAUCUUAAGGGUUGUACUGAGGAUCCCCUCUGAGCAGGGACGACAAAAAGCCUUUUCAACUUGCUUCCCUCACCUUGUUGUGAUCUCUUUGUUCCUUAGCACUGGCACGUUUGCCUACCUAAAGCCCCCCUCCAUGUCCUCCCCAUCCCUGGAUCUGGCCCUGUCAGUUCUGUACUCGGUGGUGACUCCAGCCCUGAACCCACUCAUCUACAGCCUGAGGAACCAGGUGCUCAAGGCUGCAGUGUGGAGACUGAUGACUGGAUGUUUUCAGGGACAUUAA